AUAUUAGUAGUUGUGCAUUAAUUCGUGGAUAAAGGGGUAGAAAUGUGUGCGUUAUUCCUUAAAUCUCCGUGCUUUGACGUCGGGAGAAUGACAUCAUCCACGCUUAAGUAACAGGAGGCGGGGGGACAGAUUCGUGGAGGACGGCCGCUCGUGCCACUGGAGCUUCUCAGGGACUAUCAACAGGGAGUGCAACCGACGAACAGAGCUACGAGCUGGGGGGAAUGAGAGCCGCUAGAAUCCGCUCCAAUCCUCCUCGACCAAGGCUCCUACCCGCCUGACAGCUACCGGGACACAAUCUUCAGAGAACCAGCCUUUCAUACGAAUCCAAUAUCGGGUGACUGCUCGCAAUCAUGGAGCUGAGAGUGGGGAACAAAUAUCGGCUGGGGCGAAAGAUAGGUAGCGGUUCCUUCGGAGACAUUUACCUCGGUGCCAACAUUGCCACUGGUGAGGAGGUAGCCAUCAAACUUGAAUGUGUGAAAACCAAACACCCACAGUUGCACAUUGAGAGCAAGUUCUACAAGAUGAUGCAAGGAGGAGUGGGUAUUCCAUCAAUAAAGUGGUGUGGUGCAGAAGGAGACUACAAUGUGAUGGUGAUGGAGCUUCUUGGUCCCAGUCUUGAGGAUCUUUUCAACUUUUGCUCCCGAAAGUUCAGCCUAAAGACAGUCCUGCUUUUGGCAGACCAAAUGAUAAGUCGUAUUGAGUACAUCCACUCCAAGAAUUUCAUUCACCGUGAUGUGAAGCCAGACAACUUCUUAAUGGGGCUUGGCAAGAAGGGUAAUCUUGUGUACAUCAUUGACUUCGGCCUGGCCAAAAAGUACCGCGAUGCCCGCACACACCAGCACAUCCCCUACAGGGAGAACAAGAACCUGACAGGCACAGCACGAUAUGCUUCUAUCAACACACAUCUUGGAAUUGAGCAAUCCAGACGCGAUGACUUGGAGUCCCUCGGCUACGUCCUCAUGUACUUCAACCUGGGGUCCUUACCCUGGCAAGGCCUCAAGGCUGCUACCAAGAGACAGAAGUAUGAACGAAUCAGUGAGAAGAAAAUGUCCACACCAAUUGAGGUUCUUUGCAAAGGAUACCCUUCGGAAUUCUCUACAUACCUGAAUUUUUGCCGGUCACUCCGAUUUGAUGACAAGCCAGAUUACUCCUACCUGCGACAGCUCUUCAGAAAUCUCUUCCACCGGCAGGGCUUCUCCUAUGAUUAUGUCUUUGACUGGAAUAUGCUCAAGUUUGGGGCCACCCGGACGACUGAAGAUGGAGACAGGGAAAGGCGGACUGGCGAUGAGAGGGACGAUCGUAUAGGUGUUCCUCCCAGGGGUUCUGCAGCACGUGGUCUCCUCCCAGGUCCUAACUCUGGACCUGCCAACAGAGUCAGAAAUGGACCAGAACAGGCCAUCUCUAACCCUGCCUCACGGGUUCAGCAGUCUGGGAACACGUCGCCUCGUGCCAUUUCUCGUGCAGAAAGGGAAAGGAAGGUGAGCAUGCGGCUCCACCGUGGCGCUCCAGCUAACGUGUCGUCCUCUGACGUUACAGCCCGUCACGACCAAUCCAGGAUUUCCACAUCACAGGUGAGCGUGCCAUUCGAGCACAUGGGAAAGUAAAUCUCCUUGGCUGUGCAUGAACAUGAAAGUGACAGGGCUCAAGAUAUAUUUGUUGCUCUGGUCCCUUCCUUCAUUUUUAAUCUAAUGAAAAGAUUGAUGCCAAUGGACACAUGGAUCUUUGGAAAAGUACAGCAAAUUCCAGCAGGAUCCAGGGAAGUACUUUUUAUAGUACCCAGCAUCCAGUCUUUUAUGAGACCUCUGCGAAACCUUUGAUCAUCAUCAUGCCGAUGCAAAAAGUGACAGUGCUACAUCAUGGUUGCUUGUGACUGCCCCCCUCCUGAGAAACAUUUCCCAAACAAGCUUUCUGUCUGAUGAAUGAGAGGAACUUUUGAGAACAAAAAAUAAAAGGAUAAUAGGGCACUAGCAUGUUUCAUUUCAAAGGUCAAUUCCUUUUUUUUUUUUUUUUUUUUUAAAUCUUAGUUAGCCCUUUUGGUAAAUGAUGGAAAAGGGUAGUCUGAGACGAUAGUGUUAUGAAUGACAGGAGAGGUUUUAAAGGUUUUGUUUCAGCUCCUAUUUCUGUUUACUGUGAGUUGCUUGCUUGUCCUUUAUCUAUUCUGUAGCCAGUAACUGUCCCUUGAAUCUCAAAUCAUCCAAAAUAUCCAGAAUGCAUUUCUUUCUUAUCACUUAUAUGUGCGCUGUUCUCUUAAAUACAAGUCAUCUAUCACCGUAGUUGUUUGAAAAACACACUCCUAAUUUCUGAGGCAGUGUCCUCAAGAAAUGACCAGAGUAUUUGACGAGACUCCAUUGCACCCCGUUUAACCAACAAAGAAUGGCUGCAAUUUUUAUGAUAAUUCUUACUAAUUUUAUUUUUUUAUUUUUACCUCUAGAGGAAAUAGCGUAAUUGGCAGAGGCCAUAGGGGAUGAUUUAAGGGGGUGGGGCAUCCAUUGUUUUAUGUUUACAUCCCUUUUUGUUUUUGUUUUAAUGUAAAAGCCAAAAUGUGUUUUAAGAUGUAAAGUAAAAAAAUGCAUAUUACUAGGAGGGGUUAAAAAGUUUUGGUAUUUAAAGUAUUACAUUUUGGACAUCAAUGUUGCUCUGCCAGCUGGGUCAUGAAAGUGUUGUAUGUGUGUGUGUUUCAAGGUUUUUGGGAGUGAGAGUGUGACUGCCUGUGUAAUCCCCGAUAAGAAAUAAAGGUUCAUUUUGUGUGUUUUGAGUUGUUUUUUUGUCAGCUAUUUAUGUUAAACUACUUUGUUUGUCCGGAAAAUUAUCUUUUAAAUCUACCUUCCUGACUAACACCAGAAGUAGCUUGUGCUAUGAUUGUCUUGGUCUCCCUUUUUCUUCUCUUUUCCCUUCAAAUGCUGUCUAAUAUCCUUUAUAAAACACAGGGCUUUCUAUAUUUCCCCUGCAGAAAUUAGGUCAAUGCUUCAUGUCACCUUUUUUUUUUUUUAGUUUUUAACCCCCUGCUAUCUUGAUGAUGUCAUUGACAUUUCUAACUGACUCAAUUGCAGGGACAUGUAAAUAUCUUGGUACUAUGUGUAAUUACCUUUGUACAGGCCACCAUGACCCAGUGGCAUUGUAACUGUUGUAUAUGUGUGCGUGUGUUAGGGGGGGGUGGGUAUAAAAUAGGACAAGGUGACAGAAUUUCACUUUAUGUAUUGUGUACUGAUAUCUUGUACAGUUCUUUAACACUUUUAUUUACAACAGUAUUUGUGUAUAUUUUAUGAAGUAAUAAAACUGAAUCUCUCAA